AUGAGCAAUUGUGAUUGCUACCAUGGGCCGUUUGCUGGUAGUAAAAACGUGGAGAGCGUUCAGGUUGUCAGACAUGCGCCAAACGACACAACUCAACGAGACCGUCGAGAAAACAAAUCUUGGAAAAAUCCCAUGUCGACUAUCGCGGUGGCACGAGACGUUGGUGCUGGUCAACGUGCCCCCACCAAAAUUCGACAUCGCAGCCAGCCCACUCCGCCUCCCAGUCCCCCUCCAACAACUGACAACUUCGCCCUCGAGCUUCGCUGGCACACGCAGCGUCGCCGCACAAUGGAGUCCAUAUCGCGGAUCUCAAGCCUAAUGGAGGCCGGUACGUUUCUUCGCGCCGAAUUGCGCCCUCUUCCUCUUGUUGCCGCCGCUGAUGCCUGUGUCCAGCGAGGGAGCUCACCCUUGACGCCGCCCAAGCGACCCGAGGCAGUCGCACGAGCUCCAGACUGCUCGACCGGAACCAGAUGCGCAAGCUUCUCGACAGCCGAAACGAUCGCGAUGUGCUCGAAGGUCUGCGCCGUGUCGUUGCCGUACGAUGACCCUGCUUCCCCCAGGUCGCCGCCUGUGUGCCAAACGCCUGCUAACCCUCGCUUGCAGAUGAUGUACCGGAAGCAAAAGACCCUCCCGUUCUUCUCCUCGGUCGUCAAAAAUGUCGCAUCACCGAAUAUCGAGAUAAAAAAGCUCGUGUACAUUUACCUCAUCCACCAUGCCGAGCAGGAACCCGACCUCGCCCUCCUCUCCAUCAACACCAUCCAAAAGUCCCUCUCCGACACCAAUCCCCAGGUCCGCGCCCUGGCUCUCAAGACCAUGACGGGCAUCCGCGUCCCCGUCAUCAGCCAGAUUGUCUCUCUAGCCAUCAAAAAGGGAGUCGCCGACAUGAGCCCUGUUGUCCGCAAGGCCGCCGCCCUCGCCAUCCCCAAGUGCCACCGACUCGACCCGAGCCAAGCGCCGCAGCUCACCGACUACCUGUCCACGCUGAUUGGGGAUAAGCAGUACUUUGUUGCUGGUGCAGCCGUUGCUGCAUUCCUAGAAAUUUGCCCCGGCAGAAUCGAUCUCAUUCAUAAGCACUACCGAGGUCUGGUCCGCAAGAUUGUUGACAUGGACGAAUGGAGCCAGCUUGCUAUGCUGCGACUCAUGAGCUCGUACGCGAGGAAAUGCUUUCCGAGACCAAAUACCGGAGCCUCAAAAACGAAACCUGCAGAGACGGCGUCUGCAGAUGAUUUCUACAACCAGUCAAGACCCGAGGAAGCUGAUGCUGGUGUGGAUAUUGAUCCCGAUCUACGCCUGCUCCUGAAUGCUAUCCGACCACUGCUACAAAGCCGAAACUCUGGUGUCGUGGUUGCUGUGACGAGGUGUUAUGUUGAGAUUGGCACAGCCGAAUACGUCAAGCUUGCCGUUGGUCCUCUUGUUGCGCUCAUGCGAGGGGCCCAGGAUAUCCAACAGCUUGCACUAUAUAAUAUCGUCUCUGUUUGUUUAAUGCGACCGAGAGAUUUCGUCAAAUAUUCUAGCCACUUCUUGGUGCGAGCAACAGAUUCAGCACCAGUGUGGGAGCUCAAGCUUGAGGUCCUCACCCUCAUUUUCCCCCACAGUCCGCCGCAUAUCAAGAGUCUCAUUCUCAAAGAGCUCGAACACUUUUCACAAGGCACAAAUAAAGCUCUUGUGCAGGAAGCUGUGCGUGCUAUUGGCCGAUGUGCGCAAUCCGACGCCACUACAUCACCCCGUUGUCUGAAACUUCUUUUGAGCCAAAUCACUAGUCUCGAUGGCACACUUGCUGCUGAGUCGCUCACCGUCAUUCGGCACUUGAUCCAGCAGAAUCCAGACAGCCAUGUUGGAACCGUUGUGCGUUUGGCCAGAAACUUGGACUCCGCCACGGACCCCCACGCAAGGGCCACCAUUAUCUGGCUAGUUGGUGAAUUUUCAGGUCUGGACGGAGAAGACAACAUUGCACCCGACGUGCUGCGGAUUCUCGUCAAAGAAUUCGCCCACGAAUCGGAAGUUGCCAAGAGACAAAUUGUUCUACUUGGUGCCAAGGUCUAUUUACAUCACAUCAAUCGCCGUGCAGAAGCCCAAAAUGCGGAAGGUGCAGAGAGUGACCCGCCUCAACGAUUCGAAACGCACGCUGUCGAGCGCCUCUGGGAUUACCUGAUGACCCUUGUGAGAUAUGAUGUAUCUUACGACUUGCGUGACCGCGCAAGGAUGUACAGAGCUCUUCUAGCUGUGCCACAGCUGGCUACGCUGAUGCUGCUCGCGCCAAAACCAGCACCGCAGGCGCCAAGUCCUUCAGAAUCUAGAAAGGGAUUCCCACUGGGCUCCUCAACACUCGUACUAGAAGGUGGCGGCGGUCUCCAUGGACUGAGCGGCUAUGAGGCGCUUCCUGAUUGGGUCACGCCUGGGAAGGAGCCUGACCCGAGACUCCGUGAACAAGACGAGGGUCCGUAUUCGCGAUAUGAUGGAGAAAGAGGUCCUGCCCCUGCCAGCCAGGCUCUAGAUGAAGCGGUACGAGCUGCACCGAGCAAGUCGAAUGGCAUUGCCGAGGGUCUGGGUGCCAAGACGCUGGACGACUGGCUUGCGGAGGGCGACGAAGAAGAGAGUGGCGAGACAGAAGAGGAAAGCGAAGAGGACACUGAAGAAGAGGGAGAAGAAUCUGAGGAGGAAGACGAGGGAGAGGAAGAGGAAAGUGACGAUGACGGGGAGGAAGCUAAUUUGGUCAAGGCAUGA